CCUCAGAAUCUGAAAAGCAUCACAGGAGCCUCUGGAUAAAGAGCAGCUUCAGGAGCAGGGCUAGGAGACAGAGGAUUUCUGCACAGAGAUAAAACAUGAAACAGAUGUGAGGAAGCAGUAUGGAGCUCAAGAGAGGAAAGACCUUCAUAAAAUCCAGUGUGCAACAUGAGAAAGUGCCACCAGUGCAUGCAGCUCCUACCAACAAAGAUGAGAUGGGCAAGGAUAAAAAGGCAGCUCUGGAGGGAAACCAAAGUGUGGCCGAAGUCCAGCUGGCAUGUUUGGCCACACACAAGAAUUACAGAUUUUCUACCAGAGCAGCAAGGAGUGGAGCUGGUGGUCACAACCUGGAAAAAUCAUCUGGCUCCUCCUACAAGCUUGUAAGGAAGAGUAAAACCCAUGAAUGUGUUGCUGAGGCAGACAAAACAGAGAACUGCAGCCCCAGCAGCAGGGCUUGCGAGGAGGGUUUUGUUGGAAAGGGCAAGGGCCGGCUUGUAAAUAGCAUCAGCUUUUCAGGGAUGUCCAGCUCCAGCAGUAAGAAGGAGUGUGUGGUCAGCCCCAGCCAGUCUGCCUGCAGCAGUCAGAUGAUUGAUUACAGGAACUUUGUGCCACAGAUGCCUUUUGUACCAGCUGUCGCAAAAACCAUUCCCAGGAAGAGGAUUUCCCUCAAGAGAUCUAAGAAAGGGCUCAGAGAUAUAUUUCAUAUAAGGAAAAACAAACCAGAGAGCCUCUCAUUUCUGGUGGAGAAGGACAAGAACCUGUCCUCUCCAGGCUGCAAGAGUGAGUUGUCUGGACGUCUUGCAAAGUAUCUUUUCAAAACUGGAGAAGCUUGUGCAGCUGAUUGCUUGUCACAGGACUGCUCAGACAGUGAACUGCAGUCUGACUCCUCCUAUGACUACUGCAAUGCCCUGUGUGAAGAUGUUGCCUCUCUGAAGAGCUUUGACUCCCUCACUGGCUGUGGGGAAAUCUUUGCUGAUGAGAGCUCUGCUCACCUGGAGCUGGAGAACAGCAAAGACCUUCUGUUGAGGCGAAGCAAGCACAAAGACAGCCCUGGCAUGGGCUCCUUCCAAGGUGGGGUGGAGCAGCUGGCCUCUCCUGGCCAACAUGAGACAGUGGAAUUCGCAAAGUUUUGGGACAACAUCAACAAAUCAGUAAGGCUGCAUCAGAGUGCUCUGUUUGAAAAGAAGUUACUGAAAAUACCUGGUUCUGACACAGAAAAGGAUAGAAGUCAGGCUGCUGUACUGGUCACAGACCCCCAAGUGUCACCUGAUAAAGAAGGUGACAAUUCCAAAGCCAGCUCCACAGAAACAGAAACACCAAAAAGUGAAAACCAGGAAUCCACAUCCACGAGUGAUGAAGGCUACUAUGAUUCAUUCUCUCCUGGACAAGAUGAUGAACUGAAGGAAGCUCAGACCCCUGGUGUCCCAGGUAGAUUUCCAAGAGACAGCUACAGUGGAGAUGCCCUUUAUGAGCUCUUCUAUGACCCAAAUGAAGUCAAAGUAAACCCUGUUCUUGAUGAUGACUUGUGUGCCUCUGAAAGUGUUUCAGAGCAAGCCAUUGAAAUCCCUUUGUCCAUUUACAGCUUUCAUGUUGGAGCUGAGGAGAACAUGGCUUCCCAACCAACUCUAGACAUCAUUAGCCAGGGUUUUUUCCACAGCACAUGGAAAGGCAAGGAAUGUUUGCUAAAGCUCUGUGAUACUGAACUUUCCCUGACCAUGGGGAUAAUAAACUGGCUACGAAAACACUCGGGACUCAUCUCUUCCCCUGACUCUCUUCAGAGUCCUCAAUCACAGCCAGAAAAAUCUAAUGAGUCAUUGGUCCUGCCCAGUCACAGUCCAGAGCAGAAAGGGAGCACAGAAGCUCAGCAGGAGAUACCAGGCAAGGGUGAGUCUAAUACACUUAAUGUAUGUGUGCCUUUGGAGGAAAGCAAACACACAACCCAGACCUCUUCAGUAAACAUUGCUGGAAGAGACCACAGCCUGGAUUCCUGCCUGAACACAUCUGAUCUGGAUUUCCAAGGAAGAGAAGGGAGUCACCACAAGGAUUUACCUACAGUGCCUGGGACUGUGGAAACCACCAGAUCAUCAAGUUAUGCACCACAAUCACAGGCUAACAGAGACAACCUGCAGACAUCUUCAGUGGAGAAGGUAGCCAUUUCCCUGGGAUGUGAGACAUAUGGAGAUAAAAAUCCACUCCCAGAAAAGCUGAACAGAGAGAGUGGCUCCCAGAGCUCUGAAAAUCCUUCAUUAGAUGAUAAUCACGAAGUAGAAUCAUGUUACUCCUACAAGACAGCUGCAACCUCACUCCGAGAUCCCCUUGAGAGGGAAGACAAAAAUAAAUCAGUGUAUCACUCCCUCUCUAUUUCCUGUGACAAACCACUGCAGCCUCUAACCCUCACUAACAAUCACUUCCAGAGCUACGUGAGCCCCACACCAACAGAAAGCAGCACUAAUAUAGUGCAGCUCUUAGAGCACUGUGUAACCCAGGUGGCAUCAUUAAAAAUCAGCUAUGAAAACCAGCACCUGGAAGACAAAUACAUCGGAAAUGAAAUGAACAGUAUCAUUCAUAAGAUGUCUCAGUACAAAAACAAGUUAUUGUUACACAAUGAAUGCAGCUGCCUCGCUCAAAUUCCAGAAUACCCCAGUAUUCCUAGCACAAACCAAUACAACUAUGACACAAGUUUCCAGUCUAGCAGUCUUUAUAACUUAAAGCAGAAUGGGGAGCAAAUUUGCUCUGAAGAUCAGAAAAGUAGAGCAAAAAUCCUAGAUGAGAUUACUCAAAGCAAGAUCAAUUUUGAAUAUGCCCAGCUGAAUAAUCAAGCACUCUCCUAUUUAAAGGACUUUGGUCUCAGUCCAAGUGAUUCUGGCCCUGAGACAUCUCUUAGCAGACCAACAUUUUUACCUCUCUUUAACUCUGUCUGCCCAGACAUAGCUGGUACCUUCUCCCAGGGCUCACACAGCACGGUUGUCUGUCUGUCUGACCCACUGCAGCCUGAGGAGGCCAAGCAGUGCAGCCCAGGGCCCUGGAACUGUGGAGAGAGCUCCUGCCAUGGCCUGGCUGCAGGGACUGCUCUGUCCCCUCUCCUAGAGGCAGUAGCCCUGGAUACAGCCGUGACAGCCAGGAACCACCAGUGACACACCUGCAUGGAGAAGGUGCAACACUGAAGAAUUUGUAGAUAUGGAUGCACCCCCAACACAGCAUAGCAUGACAGUUCCAUGAUGCUAUACCAAGACCAAAAUCAACAAGGAUUUCUCUCUGGAGAUCUCACCAGAAGUGUUGCAGCAGAAAAUCAUGCCAGUCUAUUGGAAUGACAGGCACAGUUAGGAGUUCUGGACAACCACACACCCCUGAAGCCAUAGUUGCAGAUGGCUGGUAACACAUACUCUUUUUUAAAAACAAAACCAAACCCAUGUUCAGUAGGGUUUUGAAAAAAUUCAUGCCGUGAUAAUGUUUAAGAAAAAAAUGAUAGCAUAAUUCUGUCAUAUCGUGCCACACAACAAUUGAAAAUAUCACUAUAUUUUUAAAAUACAGGUAUGUGCAGAAUGAGCUUUUAUUUGGGAAGCUGUUCUGAAGAGAUAAAAUAGUUUUCUGUUGUACUAAUUUUUCUUUAAUUUUAGAGAAAAUCUUUAUAUAUUUUAUGGCAACAAAGCCACAAGGUUCUAGACUGCAAAUUACAAUGGUAUGGCAAGAUACUGCCUAGGAAAAGGUAUUUUUUAAACAAACAAAACUAUCAGGAAGCAUAAUAUAGGAUGCCCUAUAUGCCCAAAACCAUGUGUUUAUCAUAGAAGAAAUUGUGAGUAGAAUAAUGAAUUGUAUGUGAAAAUCACUAUCAAAAAGAUUAAUUGAUUCCAUUUUAAAUGAGAGAAAACAUGUUUUUAAUAUCCAUGAUAACAGCUGCACUUAACUUAUAUGAAGUCUUCCUUUUCUAAUUGAAAAGCUAUUCUCCAAGUACUAGAUAAGAUAUGCUGUUAACCCAGUUUUCUUUUUUUUUGUGGCAUUCUUGGAGUUAGUUUAACAGUCAUUUUCAUACCUCAGGUUGAACCUGGUCUCGGCUGUCUUAUAUUUUGAGAAUAAAUUGAAAAAAAACCUACAUCUACAUGCUUUGUAGACAAAAUUUGAUGAUUAAAUGGACCGCCGCGGCCAUGGUGUGUUUAUAGAGAUCUUUACAAGCUCCUUGUUGGUAUCCUGUCUUGGACAGUAUUUGGGGGCAGUAUCUUUCCCCUGAGAUUUGCUGUCAUGGGGAAAAGUGGAAGAAGGACAUGAGUCUGGGAACUGCAGCAAGGGAAAACUGCCUUAGAUUAGAUGCCUGAAUUUUGAUGUCAAAAGUUAAUUUCUACCUUUGAUCAUUAAUAAUGUAAAGAACAUAUAACCACAGUAUUUAAGAGAUGUCUGCAUUUUGCAGAAUCUGGGUUUUAAAAUGCAUGAUAUAGCAGGACUAGGAAGUUAUAAAGUGAAAUCACAUCCCCUAGCUAUGGAGCUUUCUCAGUAUUACUUGACACUUACAAAGAGGAGAGCUUCUCUCUAACACUCCAAGACUGCCAGCACAAAUCAACUUUGAGAACGCACUCAUUUUACCACAAGUAUCUCCUGAAAUAUAGAUUAUAAGGGGCUAAGAUCCUCUUUCAUGGCACACAAUUUUAUUUCUGAAGACUGCUUUGAAGUUGCCAUUUAACCUACAAAAGCCUGAAACACCAAGGAGUUUGUCAUACAGGCAUUUUUCCUUAAAAUACUAAGGGACACAUUAGAAUUGAACUAACCAAAUAAUAAUAAACAUAGGGCUUAAUAUUCCAGCAACAGACAGUCUGUGCAAAAACUGGUUGUUCCUCACACAAGCGAUCCCUUUCUUUUUGUAAUUACCACAGUAGCCUCCUUCAGUUCACCAACAUUUCUCGUAAUGAAGAGCCCAGAAACUCGAGGACCAGAGGCAGAAUUUCUCCUCCUUGCAGCACACUGCACAUCUCUUCCCUGGAUUUCAGGCUGAGUGACUGACUUCAUGGAGGAAAGCAAAGGCAACAGAAAGAAAAGUCAUCUUGUUCCCACAUAUCAAAGGAGACAGUAUUUCGGUGGAGACUGUUUUUUCUACCCUACAGGCACAGAGCAACAAAUGAUUUGUCUAACUUUAUUUACCUCCAGGUGUCUAGGUUCAGCAUUGACAUAAACAGCCUUUCCAGGUCCCUCUGGAUGGCAUCCCUUCCCUCCAGCACGUUGAUUGUUCCACAUAUCUUGGUGUCACUGGCAAACUUGCUGAGGUGCACUUGGUCCCACUGUCCGUGUUAAAUAUGGCCAGUGGUUGACCACCACACUUUGAGUGCAACCAUACAGCUACUUCCUUACCCACUGAGUGGUCCUUCCACUUUCUGGUUAAAAGCCAAGGAUGUCAUGUGGGUCAGUUUCAAAUGCUCUGCACAGGUUCAUGGAGAUGUGACUUGCUCUCCCUUUGUCUACUAGUGCUGUAAGGUCACCAAAUUUCACAGAAUGACUGGGUUGGAAGAGACCCUGCAAGAUCAUCGAGUCCAAUCCAUGCCCCAACAACUCAACUAAACCCUGACACCCAGUGCCACAUCCAGUCUGUUUUUAAACACAUCCAGGGAUGGUGACUCCACCACUUCCCUGGGCAGACCAUCCAGAACUUUAUCACCCUUUCUGUAAAAAACUUCUUUCCUAAUAUCCAACCUAUAUUUUCCUUUGUCAGGCAUGAUUUGCCCUCAGUGAAGUCAUGAUGGCUGUCCCAAUCACUUCCAAUAUUUUCCAUGUGCCUUAACACAGUUUCCACAAUGAUCUGUGCUAUGACCUUGCUGGGCACAGAGGUGAGACUGACUAUAGUUCUCCAGGACUCUCUUUAAUCCCUUUUUAAGGAUGGGUGUUAUUUUUCCCCUUUUACAGUCAUUGGGAACUUCACUGGACUGCUGUGACUUCUUGAAAUAUGAUUAAUAAUGGCUCAUCCACUUCUUCCACUACUUCACUUAGGACCUGCAAAUGAAUCUUGUCAGAUUUCAUGGACCUUUGCACCUCCAGGUGGCUUAGAUGUUCUUGAACAUGAUCUUCUCCUACAGUGCACAGCUCUUCAUUUUUCCAGUCCUUGCCUUUGUCUUCUGUGACUCAGCCAGUGUGGCUGGAACACUUGUUAGUGAAAACCAGCAAAAAAAAGGACUGAGUAACUCAGUCUUCUCUGCAUUCUGAGUAACCAAGCCUAAUGUUUCCUUCCAGGCAGGGCUCAUUAUUUCCCCAAUCUUUCUUUUAUCACUGACAUACCUAUGGAAGCUAUUCUUGGUGCCCUUGCUGUCCCUGACCAGAUUUCACUCUGUCAGGGCUUUAGCUUUUUUCACCUAAUCCCUGUCUGCUUGCACAAUGCUGGUGAGAACAAUUUCUGUGUAUUCCUAAGUUUUCUUGCUUCCAUUCACAUUGACUUAUUUUUUUGUGUUUGUUCAGGAGCUUCUUGUUCAUCCAUGCAGGCUUCCUGGCCUUUUUACCUCAUUUCAUCUUUUUUGGGAUGCCUUUCUCCUGAGCUUGGAGGAGAUGAUCCUUGAGUAUCAACCAGCUUUCUUGAACCCCUUUUCUCUCCAGGGCUUUACUUCAUGGUAUCCUACCAAGCAGAUCCCUCCUUAAGAGACCAAAAUCUGCUCUCCAGAAAUCCAGGGCAGUGAUCUUGCUGUGCAGCCUCCUCACACUUGCACCCUGACACUCUAAGGUCCUGGGUUCAAUCCAUGCUGCCAAAAGAACAACUGUGGGUCUGCAUUACACACCAUGGAGAAAAUGCUUCUGGGUAGUCUGUUCCAGCUCUCCCUGUGGAGCUGCAUGGCUACUGAUGCAAUGUUGGGGAAAGCUCAAAAAUCUUUGGGGCUUAAUCAAUCUCCAUUUAAAUAAGCAAGAGAAAAUUCCCCUCCUCGAGGUCAUAUUAAAUAAGGUGUUUACUAAGAUUGUCUGUACAUGAGUUUAAAGGAGAAUCUUUAAAUUAAAUUUGUUAUAUUACCCAAGCAACAUCUCUUUAACAAAUGAAGACAUGCUGGUGGAAUUAAUGUGAGUUUUAAUAUUCACUGAAUGUAAGUAUUCAAUUUCUCAUGCAGUAUGUAGCUGUGAGAACAGCCUGCCUUCAGCCUAACAUAUUGUCAUUCCCCUUUGGUGUUAGAUGGAUUUUUUAAACUUUUCAAUGGAUGUAACAGAAAAUUAAGAUAAAAUAUGAAAACUUCUUCAGAUUUUUGUGGGUACAAAACUUCAAAGCAGCUUGCAUGAAAAUAUUCACCUACUUCUUGUCCUGGUUUUGCAAGACUGGGAGCAGUGACUGGUGGUGUCCAGGCAAAGAUCAGAAUAGUAAUUAAAAGAACAAUAUGUUUAUGCUGAAGACAACAUCUAAAAAGGAAAAAAGGGGUUUCCCCCUCCCCUCAUCUUAUGGUUCAUUAAAAAUGUAAAAACAUUUUUCCGGAAAAAUUAUUUAAAGUAAAGCUGUAUUCUUCUCAAGACAUCAGUUCUUGACAUUUCUUCUUUUAAUGCAGAAUUCAUUGGAAUUCCCAGCACAAAGGCCAGGUACCCUUAACAAACCCACAUGUACUGCUAUGAGUGGAGAGAGCACUCACCCCUUUAAAAACUGCAGUGCAAAUAAUCUCAUACUAGUAAAAAUGUCUGAAAAAAUGUAGGAAGAAAUACCAGACCCACAUGAAUUGUCAGGUAAGUGUUCCUUCCAAAAGCAAAGUAUUAAAACAGUCAGGUAUCCCAGGAAGGGAUGGGAACUUAGGCACAAGUCCCAGAGCAACUCUUGCUUCACUCACAAUAUUCCAUUGUUCUCAGUAAGUUGGAGCACUUGGUGGCAGGAUAUUGGAAAUGCUGACACUUUACAGCAAAUGAACAGGAUGCACAAUAAAGUUGCAGGUAAAAUGAGGAAUAUUUAAGAGAGAACAAUGUUGCAUAUUCUGACUUCUACUUAAGGAAAAGAAUGAAACUUCUUGAUCGACAAUGUAUAUGCAUGGUACAUAUAUAUAUUAUAAUAAUAAGUGUGUAUACACACACUUAAAAAAAGGAUUUGUGUAAACUUAAGUUCAAGAAUAGGGAAGAAAUAUCAAGCAGGUACCUUUUGAAAAUCUGAGUAGCAGAUUAAUAAAAUUUCAGUACAAACAUGGUUUAUUAUGUAACUAAGAUACAUGCAUUUAUAUGCUGUUUAACCUAUUUUGUUAACUAUUUUUCAUAUAUGUCAUAUCUAAUGUACAUAUGCUUUAUGUAUUAUAUUUUAGUUACCAUAUUCUACAUUACAUAUU